CGAAAUUAUUUCAUUUAUUGUGAUGGAUCUCUCUGUAAUAAUCUUCCACAAAUAACUUCACUAAUAUACAUUCCAUAAGUUUGAUCAUCUUUUUAUAUACACAAGUCUAAGCCCAAAACAUUGUUACAACAUGUCGCCUAAAACUCGCCGAUCGACGGAUCUUGCGGCCACAAUCCUCAUGGCUAUCGUGAUCCUCGCAUCUCCGAUCAUAAUCAACGCCGAAGAUUCUUCAGCCGAAGUUGACGUUAACUGCAUACCUUGUCUCCAAAAUCAACCGCCUCCGCCUCCGUCUCCGCCACCUCCUUCUUGUACACCCUCCCCUCCUCCUCCGUCACCACCACCCCCGAAGAAAUCUUCCUGUCCACCAUCGCCUCUGCCGCCACCGCCACCUCCACCUCCACCUAAUUACGUAUUCACAUAUCCGCCGGGAGACUUGUACCCUAUUGAAAAUUACUAUGGAGCGGCUGUGGCAGUAGAAAGCUUUUCGGUGAUGAAGCUGUUCGUGUUUGGAGUUAUGGUUUUUCUGAUUCUUUGAUUAUGAUCAGAAAUUAUUUAUGUUGUUGUUUUCGAACUUCUAUAAGGUUUGCAUAAAGAUUUUGUUUACUUUUAACGGAUUGGCGUAUGCUUUAGAUACAGUUUUUUUUAAUAAUUAUAAUCGAUUGUGGAUUAAUUUUUAUAGUUAGGGUCAGAUGUGGUUCAUAUUAUUUGGACUUGUCCCCUGCAACCUUUUAUAAAACCUUCAAAUGAAAUCAAG